AUGUACUUGAAAAAUUUCCAAGCUUAUAAAGUGCAAACAGAAAAGCAAUAUCUAAACUUCCAUUCCUCAUCUAAUGAGGAAUACAAUGUGCCAUUCACCAGAAUAGAACUACAUACAGCAAUCUCUUGCUCGGGUAAUAGUGCUGUAGGCCAGGAUAAAAUCCACUACAGCAUGAUUAAAAAUCUGUCAAACAAAUCCCUUAGUAAUCUUCUGAAUCUGUUUAACAGAACAUGGACAGAACAUUCUUUUCCUGACUCUUGGAGGCUAUUGAUUAUUAUUCCCAUUCCCAAGCCAGGUGAAUCAAAUGUUUAUACUCUGGGAAACAUUGGUGCACAUAGAGUGGUAUCAACCAAAUUGCCAGCUGUUGGUCAUUCAAGAGGUGCAAUGAUAGCUGCUGGAAACACUACAACUCGUUUAUUGGGAACAUUUCAAAGAGUAGAAUAUAUUUUUUUAGUUGGAGUUGCUGGUGGAGUACCACAUUAUACUGAUUAUUCAAAGCAUGUCCGUUUAGGAGAUGUUGUUGUAUCUGUUGCUCCUGAAGGUCUUCAAGAAAAAUUUAUUUAUAUAUAUUGUGAAAAUAUUAAAAAUUCUCCAGAAGGUAAUGAGUCAAGUUCUAAUUCUCCUGAAAAACAUAGUAUUAAAACAUGGUGCCCACCAUGUUUUGAAUUACAAAUGAUAGCACAACAACUGUGGAAUCAAGGUCUUAUUAAUCCAGAUAAUAGACCUUGGGAAAAUUAUAUAAAAGAAGGACUCAAAUCACUUCAAGGACAAGAAGCAGUUUUCUCUCGUCCUCCUCCUGAUUCAGAUAAACUAUAUAUGUCUAUUGGUGGAAAAGAUGUAAUAGAAGUAGGGCAUCCUCAACCACCAGAAGGAAGUGUUGACUAUCGACAUCAUAAUAUGCCUGUAAUUCAUUUUGGUGCUAUUGGUUCUGGAAGAAUGUUAAUGAAAGAUGACUCUAUUAGAAUGGAAUUUGCUAAUCAAUAUGGUUUGAUGGCAUUUGAUACAGAAUUUGAUUCUGUAGCUGAAUCAGUUUUUGGUAAUAGAAAAGAUAAUUAUAUUUUUAUUCGAGGUAUAGCAGAUUAUAAAGAUGGUACAAAAAAGAAAGAAUGGCAGCCAUGUGCUGCUCUAGCUGCAGCUGCAUUUAUGAAAUCAAUUAUUUGUGCUUUAGAUCCUUGUGACGAUGAUUAAGUUCCUAGUAAGGUUUAAUAUUUAUCUCAGAUCUAAUGCUCACAGUUGCACCUAAAUUCCAAAGGAUACUUAAAAUGAAAAUUAUAAAAAAAUAUAUACAAAUCUUAUUUUAGUUAUUAUAAUAAAGAUCAUCCAAAGAAUUGAAAUCAUUAAUAGUGAUGUCCAAAAUUUUUUAAUCAAUUUGAUUCUAUAUAAUAUAUGAAGAAAACUUUUUGAAAUUUUAAUAAUUUUUUUCUAGUCAAAAUAUUCAUAAGUGAAUUUACUAUAUUCAUUCUUCAUUACAAUUAUACUUCAUCCAUGUUGUUGUUAAUUUU